UUGGAGAUACUAUAAGUAAAACGUUGAGUAUAGUUGAAUUUAGCGUCGAUCGUUAAUGGUGAGUUUGUCGUCGAAUUUACCGUAAGAUUUGGCUAUAAACUCGUAACUGUCAAAUAUUAUUGUUGAAAUUGAUGUUCUGACAAUAAUAUUUGACGGAAAAAAAAUUAUGGUACUCCCACUACUGUCAAAUUUACUGGCGGAUAAAUCCAAUGAUAAUAUUAUUUAGUAAAACAUUGCAUUUUGGACAUGCGGAAUCGACGGUGACCGUGCUCUAGAUGAUAGCGCGAACUUUUGUCUCUCCCAUUUUGAAUUUUCCCUUCUCUUUUUUCAUCACCACCCUCUCUCUCAUUAUUGUCUCCACCUUCGCUGCUGGUUCUCUGCCGCCUCCCGUUGCCUCCGCCGCCGCUCCACUGUUCUCAGCGAGCCAAAACUUCUGCUGCCGGCUGCGCUCAACGUGGAUUUGGGGAAGCAGAACCUCCACUGCAAUCCAAGCCUCCACCACCGCAACGUUCGUCACUCUCCCCACCGAGGCGCACUCCAGUGAGCCAUUUCACCGCCGCAACUUCCACCGUUGCUCCACUCUUCUUACUCUGAGACAUGUCGACAGGCAGAGAUGCUGCGGAUCAAGUUGCUGGUCGUGGUCAUAGACGUAGUUGGGUGUUUUACUCAAAUUUUUGUUCCAUUGUUAACAACAAAUAAAUCAACAAUUUUCGAGUUUUG